AUGGGCCUCGAACUCACUUACCAGGAUGUUGCUGAGCACAACACCAAGAAGGACCUCUUCAUCGUGGUCCACGACAAGAUCUACGACUGCACCAAGUUUGUCGAUGAGCAUCCUGGUGGUGAGGAGGUCCUUCUUGAUGUCGCUGGCCAGGAUUCCACCGAGGCCUUCGAGGACGUCGGCCACAGCGAUGAGGCCAGGGAAACGCUUGCCCAGCUCGAGGUUGGCGUUCUG